UUUUUGGGAUGUUGUGUUCAAGUGGUGUUUAUUUUGUGAGACGAUAGCGCAUUCUGUGUGUUUAGACCCCAGACCAAAUGUUAUUCCGUUUAAGAUUUAAACACGUUUCUAAGCAUAUUUAGAUCAAAACAUGGCUUGUAUGUGUUUACGGUCUAAACACAGAUUUGUAGUGUAUAACGGAUGGCUAUGUUUCUGUUACAACAUAUUAUUCCAGGAAGAACCACCAGCUGAACACCAGUAUGCCAGGAAAAGAACCAGGGAGCGACUGUCCAAGACACCAAAACUGGACUGUGGCGCAAAACUGCAUGUCAGAGAGACGCUGUGCUUUCCAUAUGAAAAGGCCGAAAAAGGUGACAGAAGGAAAAGACGGAAAUACGCAGCUGGUAUAAAUAAAGCAUUGGGCGAGGGAAGGCUGACCGAAUAUCAGUUUGAACGACGCUUUAUUGUUUCAUUUCCGAGACCUGAAGACCAUUUAGAACACCCCACUGCCAAGGACAUGCCAUCUACUACUCUGGAAGUCGAAGAGCAUCAAGUGUCGGCUCCAGUCGCAGAUCGCGACUCAAGUGGAACAGCGUCAGCUGUGGAUCAGAAGCGGGUGCUGCGGUCAAGGUCGAAGGAAGAACCACCAGCUGAACACCAGUAUGCCAGGAAAAGAACCAGGGAGCGACUGUCCAAGACACCAAAACUGGACUGUGGCGCAAAACUGCAUGUCAGAGAGACGCUGUGCUUUCCAUAUGAAAAGGUGAUACUGCAAUCCACAUGUUGGAUUGUAAAGAAUAACAAAGUCGGUUCAUGAAUAUUUCAGGUGCAUAUAUUUUUCCACUAGGUCCUGAAAAAUGAUUUGUAUCCGAACCUAGAAACAAUUGGAUAGCAUUCGAUUUAGGUAUCUCGUCAC